GUCUCGCUGCUCUGAGUCGCGUCGCGUCUCCCUCCCGCGCGACGGAUCCGAGAGCCCUAAACCCUAGAACUCCCUCGCCCUCGCGUCGGCGCCAUGGAGGACGAGGAGAUGGAGAAGAAGGUGCAGCAGUACCUGCAGCGGAAGGGGUUCCGCCUCACCGAGCUCGCGUUGCAGGAGGAGCGCAACCGCAUCUCCACCUCCUCCGUCUCCGACGUCGCGCUCGCCAGGUCGGAAAAUGAUCCGGCAAGAUACUAUGAUGGUUAUAGUAAACUAAGAACAUGGGCAUACAGUUCUCUCGAUCAGUACAAGCAUGAAUUACUCCGUGUCCUUUACCCAGUGUUUAUCCAUUCCUUCAUGGAUCUAGUGGCAGAGGGACAUACACAGGAAGCUCGGUCCUUUUUCCACACGUUCCAUGAAGACCAUGAACUGAUGCAUUCUAGGGAUCUCCAGAAACUGGAAGGCAUUCUUUCUCCUUCACAUUUGGAGGAAAUGGAACUGGCCAGAUCUUUAAGGAAAAAUCAAUUCAGAAUUAAGUUAUGUGAGUAUUCAUAUGAGUUACUCCUCCAGUAUCUCCAGAAAACACAAGCUCUUGUGGUUCUUGGAAUAAUAAAUGAACGCACAACUUUUGACGUAUCCCCUGGUCAGCCAUCUUUAAUCUCUGAUGACACGGAUGUUGUUGCUCUAGUUGGAACAAAGAAGGAUUUGGCAAAACAAAUAAAUCUGAAGGAGGUGCAUUGGGGGUUGCUUGAAGAUUCAGUUGAAGAGCGCAUGGAGAAAACACUUUUAGAAUCAGAUAAAACUGAAGCAGAAAGCAAGGAUGCAGAUGCCGAAGAUAACAAUAAGAGAAAAUCUUCGGAAGGUGGAAAGCAGGGAGGUUCUGUUAAAAAGGUCAAAAAAGAUAAGAUUGCAGGAGCCACAGGGAAAACCAAUAAAUCUGAAACAAGCAUAGUUUCGGUGGCACCUCGUGUGAAACCAGAGCUUACACUUCCAGUGAUUCCUGUUGAAGUCGAGCAGUCAAUUCUUGAGGAUUUGCGAAACCGUGCACAGUUGAAUAGCCUGGCAUUGCCAUCUGUUAGCUUCUACACAUUCCUUAAUACUCAUAAUGGGCUAAAUUGCUCAUCAAUUUCACAUGACGGCUCUUUGGUUGUGGGUGGAUUCUCUGACUCAUCAGUGAAGGUUUGGGAUAUGUCAAAGAUUGGCCAACCGCCGAAAACAUCUAGUCCACAAGGAGAGAAUGGACUUUCCCAGGGUGAGCGCACAUCAGCAUCAGAUUAUGGAAAAAGACCUUAUACAUUAUUCCAAGGUCAUUCUGGACCAGUUUAUUCCGCUGCAUUUAGCCCAUUCGGAGAUUUUCUCUUGUCAUCAUCCUCAGACUCAACAAUUCGACUAUGGAGUACCAAGUUGAAUGCUAAUCUUGUUUGCUACAAAGGACACAACUACCCUGUUUGGGAUGUACAAUUUAGCCCAGUUGGUCAUUAUUUUGCUAGCGCUUCUCAUGACAGGACUGCUAGAAUUUGGUCAAUGGAUAAAAUCCAGCCUUUGCGGAUAAUGGCUGGACAUCUCUCUGAUGUUGAUUGUGUGCAGUGGCAUGUUAACUGUAACUACAUUGCCACCGGCUCUAGUGACAAAACUGUAAGAUUAUGGGAUGUUCAAACUGGUGAAUGUAUACGGAUGUUCAUUGGCCAUAGGAGUAUGGUUUUAUCAUUGGCUAUGUCUCCUGAUGGGCGAUACAUGGCCUCCGGAGAUGAAGAUGGAACCAUCAUGAUGUGGGAUCUCUCUUCUGGUCGGUGCGUUUCACCACUUGGGGGACACAGCUCUUGUGUGUGGUCACUUGCUUACAGUUGUGAAGGGGCAUUGCUUGCAUCUGGAUCAGCCGACUGCACUGUGAAACUCUGGGAUGUUGCCUCCAGCACGAAGGUCCUUAAGACAGAUGAUACCUCAACUAACCGGCUGAGGAUGCUCAAAACUCUCCGUACAAAAUCAACUCCUGUUUAUACUCUGCGGUUUUCUCGGCGAAAUCUUUUAUUUGCGGCUGGUGCUCUCUCACUUGGCUCCUAAGCUUCUGUAUGUUCUGUAGAAUACAACUACCAAACAUUCUUUCAGUUUUAUCUCAAGUGAAGUUAGUGCCUAGUGAGUAGUGAGCCUGCUUUUAAGGUUAAUCUGUAGCACGCGCGUAUUGUAAUUCGUUCCAAUGUUUGUUGUCUUGUGACUUUGUAAGUUGUAACAAUCGCCUUAUUUAAAUCAUGUAAUUCUUUUUCUGGCGGUGAAAAACCAAAAGGAGGUGAUGGGUACUGCUGGAAGGAAGAAUUAUAAAGAGGUAAACAACGUGGCUAAUUUUUUUUGUCAGAAUUAUUGAUCUUCGAAAGCAUACGGAGUGGAUAUAUAUGGUUACUGUUUGUA